AGGGAGGGGAAAAAAGAGCCUUUUCGAGCGUUUAAGGAGGGGAAAGAGCGCGCGGGAGCCCCGAUUGGCUACGGCGCGCAGCGAAGGGCCAAUCGGAGUGCCGGGCUGGCCCGCCGGAGAGGCGGGGAUUGGAGAGGAGGCGUGGGCGCGUGGAAGGAGGCGGGGCCGUCAGAGAGCGGCGCUGACGGUUGGGCAGGAUGUCGGCGAGGAGGCGCAUCGGGGACCCCGAGUUUUUGACCAAAAGGAUCCCACAGAAUCCUAAAUAUCAGCAUGUAAAAACUCGCCUUGACACAGGUAGCAGUAUGACCAAAUACACUGAGAAACUAGAAGAGAUCAAGAGAAAUUACAGAUACAAGAAAGAUGAACUCUUCAAGAGACUGAAAGUGACUACUUUUGCCCAGCUGAUGAUCCAGGUUGCUUCUCUAUCUGAUGAAAACUUAGACGUGUCAUCUGAGGAAAUUCAGAAGCUAGACGAAGGUGAUGCUCCUCCUGCUGACAACAAUGUUGACGUUGUGGCAGAGACCAAUGGCAAAGACAGCCCUGGUGAGAAGCCAGCCAGUCCCAUCCUGUUCAUAAACAACACAGGAGGUGGGGAGUCGUAUCGCUCCACUUUACAAAGCGUGAUCAGUGGCGUAGGAGAGUUGGAUCUGGGGAAAGAUGCCCCCAAGAAAACAGAGACGUGUACAAAUGACGGCCCUUAUCCUGACUGCCCCUUCCUGCUGCUGGACGUGCGAGAGCGGGAUGCAUAUGACCAGUGCCACAUCAUAGGAGCUUACUCCUAUCCCAUCGCCACGCUGUCCAGAACCAUGAAUCCAUAUACAAAUAACAUUUUGGAAUAUAAAAACGCUCAUGGCAGAAUCAUCAUCCUCUAUGACGAUGACGAGAGAGUGGCCAGCCAGGCAGCUACCACCAUGUGCGAGAGGGGCUUCGAGAACUUAUUCAUGCUCUCUGGAGGUCUCAGGGUCAUUGCUCAAAAGAUCCCCGAAGGCCUGGUGACCGGCUCGUUUCCUGCAUCUUGCCUAUCGGUCUCCCAGCCCAAGACUUCCCGGAGAAAAGGCACUCCCCGACAGGCACUCCCCCCACCUGCUGAGAAUAAAUGGAGAUUUACAGCUGAAGAUCUACAAAAGUUACAAUAUUACCUAGAAGAGGAGCAGCUUCCUUCAGACACUGCCAGCCGUCUCAGCCGGGGUUCUUCAGCUCGGGACGCCAAGGCCACUGCUGUCAGGAGCAGCCAGAACCUGCCCACCACCAACUCAACUGUGGCCCUCACCGCGCGCUCUCUCAGCAGCAGCAGCCUGCAGAACAAGCCAUGGAAAUAGACAGUGUCUUUCCCCACUGAAUAAAAGAGAGUCCCGUUCCCGGGGCCCUUUGAUCACUA